AAGCCCAGUAGCCUAUAGACAUAAUGGGUCUCCCGCCUUAAAUUGAGCAUUAGAAUCAGACUAGAUGACCUCAGGGGAAACCCUUCCAAGUCUCAGGAUUCUAUGAGUCUAAUCCCUUUUUUGGUCUCUUGUUUUUAAUACAGAACAAUAUCCUCAUGGAUUAUGGGCUCCGAAGAAUCACCUUUUUGAUCAUGCAGCAAAGGGAGUUUCCCAAGUUUUUCACCUUCCGGGCCCGAGACAAGUUUGGUGAGGACCGCAUCUACCGGCACCUGGAGCCUGCCUUGGCUUUCCAGCUGGAGCUGAGCCGCAUGCGCCACUUCCACCUGCAGGCCUUGCCUUGCGCCAACCACAAGAUGCAUCUCUAUCUGGGGACCGCCAGGGUCAGGGCCCGCCCUGAGAGCACCGACCAGCGCCUCUUUGUCCGUGCCAUCGUCCGACACUCAGAUCUCAUCACCAAGAUCAUGUUCCAUUCCUUUGGGGAAAAGCAGGGACCCCUGCACGGGAUGCUCAUCAACACGCCAUACGUCACCAAGGAUCUGCUGCAGUCCAAGCGCUUCCAGGCCCAGUCCCUGGGCACCACCUACGUCUACGACUUCCUGGAAAUGAUCCGGCAGGCUCUGUUCAAAUUAUGGUGUUCCUCGGAGUCAUGCCCUGCGGAGGUCUUGACCUUUACGGAGCUAGUGCUGGACUCCCAGGGCAAGCUGAUGCAGAUGAAUCGCCUUCCCGGUGGGAACGGGAUCGGGAUGGUGGCCUUCAAGAUGGAGCUGAGGACUCCUGAAUACCCCACGGGCCGCGAGGUGGUGUUCAUUGUCAACGACAUCACCUACAAGAUGGGGUCAUUUGGCCCCGAGGAGGAUCUCCUCUUCCUGCGCACCUCAGAGCUGGCCAGGGCCGAGGGCAUCCCCAGGAUCUACGUGGCUGCCAACAGUGGGGCCCGCAUCGGAUUUGCUGAGGAGGUCAAGCACAAGUUCCAAGUGGCCUGGGUUGACCCCGCUGACCCCUACAAGGGAUUCAAAUAUCUGUACCUGACCCCCCAGGACUACACCAAGAUCAGUUCCUCAAACGUGGUGCAUUGCAAACACGUGGAGGAGGCCGGCGAAUCCAGGUACAUCCUCACUGACAUAAUUGGCAAAGACGAAGGCUUCGGGGUGGAGAAUCUCAGGGCAGCGGCAGCCAUUGCAGGGGAGUCGUCCCUUGCCUAUGAUGAAAUCGUCACAAUUAGCAUGGUCACUUGCCGUGCCAUUGGGAUCGGGGCCUAUUUGGUGAGGCUUGGCCAGCGGGUCAUUCAGGUGGAAAACUCCCAUAUCAUACUGACAGGCGCCGCAGCUCUGAAUAAGGUCUUGGGCAGGGAAGUCUACACUUCCAGCAACCAACUGGGAGGAGUGGAAAUCAUGCACAACAAUGGCGUCUCCCAUGUUGCCGUCCCUGAUGACUUCGAAGGUGUCUACACCAUACUGCAAUGGCUCUCCUAUAUGCCAAAGGACAAUCACAGCCCGUUACCCAUCAUGCUACCCACUGACCCCAUUGAGAGAGAGAUCGAGUUUUUCCCUCCCAAAGGUCCCUAUGAUCCCCGAUGGAUGCUGGCUGGGAGGCCUCACCCCACGACAAAGGGAUCGUGGCAAAGUGGCUUCUUUGACCAUGGCUCCUUCUCAGAAAUCAUGCAGCCUUGGGCCCAGACAGUGGUGGUCGGCCGAGCCAGGUAUGGCACCGUGGAGAUCAAGUUCCGCAAGAAAGACCUGGUUAAAACCAUGCGGAGAGUUGACAAGACCUGUGCUAGUAUCGCACAGAGGCUGGGUGCCCAAGAUCUCCCCAAAGAGAAGCGCCAAGAUUUGGAGAUGCAGCUGCAGGCGAGGGAGGAACACCUUCUCCCAAUCUACCACCAGGUGGCAGUACAGUUUGCCGACCUCCAUGACACUCCAGGACGCAUGCAGGAGAAGGGGGUCAUCACGGAUAUACUCCAGUGGAAAACUGCCCGUAGCUUCUUCUACUGGCGUCUACGGCGCCUCCUUUUGGAGGAAGUUGUAAAGGCGGACAUCCUCAGCGCCAACCACGAACUCAGCAACAGCCAUAUCCAGUCCAUGCUGCGCCGGUGGUUCCUGGAGACAGAAGGGACAGUCAAGGGCUACCUCUGGGACAACAACCAGGUGGUGGUGGAAUGGCUGGAGAAACACUUGAAGGAGGAAGAUGGAGCCAAGUCUGCCAUCCGGGACAACAUCAAGUACCUGAAGCGAGACUACGCCCUCAAGCACAUUCGGAACUUGGUCCAAGCCAACCCUGAGGUGACCAUGGACUGCAUCAUCCACAUGACCCAGCAUCUCUCGAGGGCCCAGCGGACCCAAGUCGUCCGGCUUUUGGCCACCAUGGACAACCCAACUUCCUCUUGAGGAGAGAUGACCGAUGGAUCAAGGCCAACAGACGGGUCCAUCCAUGGACCAUGGACCACUAAGUGACAAUUGUAUACAGCUUCUUCAAUGGAGGAUCCAUAAUGUUUCCCAAUGGUAUGAUAGAGACAAAUGUUAUUUUUUGAAGAGGAAUUGAGUACCUAAAGCGUAGAAACAAAGGCUCUGAAAAAUACUGGCAAGUUACAUUUAUGGGUAUUUGGAUUAUUGUGUUGAGUUUGUGGCAACCUCAACUGUGGUCUUAUUCAUAUACAAAUACAAUGCAGUAUUCAUAUAUUUGGCUUAUGGCAAAAUACUAAUAUAUUAAUUAUUAUUAUAUUAACAUUGAUAUCAAUAUAGUAUAAUAAUGACAAUAUUAAUAAAUAUUAAUAUAAUACUAUAACAUGUCAGUAAUAGGAAUUAAUAUGAUAAUAACAAAAUAUGACAUUAAUAUUAUGUACUAAUAUAAUUAUAUUAUAUUAAUAUAUAUUAUUAAUGUGGUAAUGGAUCCACCAUAUUUGAGUAAUAUGAGCCUAUCCUAUAAACAUUCUUAUAUGACUACAUAUUAUUACAUAUUAAUGUAUAUUGAUAUAUUAAUAAUAUUAAUAUUUUGCUGCAAGCCAAAAUAAUAUUUAAUGCAGCAAAGGAUCCACAAUAUUUGAGAAAUUUGAGGCUGUUUUACAAAAAUUCAACUCAUAUUAAUACAUUAAUAUAUUAAUAUUAAU